AAAAUGGGGAAAAAAAUGCUAUCCCAGUCAUCUUCCAAAUUCAACCACCCAAGGAGAGAGAGAGAGAGGUCGAAGCAGAAUGAAUUUGAUCGCUACUCGAGCCCUCAAAUCCAAAUCCACCCGCUUUGCGCUCUCUCGAUUCACCCAAUUUUAUUCCACAACCGCGGCGCCGCCGCCAUCUCCGCCGCACUCGGAUUUCCAGAACUACCCACAUACCCUCGAUGGCCUGCGCCGCAGGCUCGACGAUGAAUCGCCGUCGCUGGGCGACUUCAUCAAACUUCAAUCCGACAACAGCUAUUCGGUGGAGGUGGGAACGAAGAAGAAGCCGUUGCCAAAACCUAAAUGGAUGAAGGAAUCGAUCCCUGGUGGUGACAAGUACACGCACAUUAAGAAGAAAUUGAGGGAAUUGAAAUUGCACACUGUUUGCGAGGAGGCGAAGUGCCCUAAUUUGGGGGAAUGCUUCGGGGGCGAAACGGGGACUGCCACUGCCACGAUUAUGAUUCUCGGUGAUACUUGUACUCGUGGAUGCAGAUUUUGCAAUGUAAAGACAUCGCGCACUCCGCCUCCUCCUGACCCUAAUGAGCCCACAAAUGUGGCCGAGGCAAUAGCUUCGUGGGGUUUGGAGUAUGUGGUGAUUACUAGUGUGGACCGGGAUGAUUUGCCUGAUCAAGGAAGUGCUCAUUUUGCGGAGACAGUGCAAAAGUUGAAGAUUCUGAAGCCAACAAUGCUUAUAGAAGCGUUGGUUCCUGAUUUCCGAGGAGACGCAGACUGUGUUGAGAAAGUUGCCACGUCUGGAUUGGAUGUUUUUGCACACAACAUUGAAACUGUGGAGGAGCUCCAGAGUGCAGUUCGUGAUCACCGUGCUAACUUUAAGCAAUCUCUCGAUGUUCUGAUGAAGGCAAAAGAAUAUGCUCCACAGGGAACGCUCACAAAAACCUCUGUAAUGUUAGGGUGCGGAGAAACACCUGACCAAGUAGUGAAAACCAUGGAGAAAGUGAGGGCAGCUGGUGUUGAUGUCAUGACAUUCGGUCAGUACAUGAGGCCAUCAAAGCGGCACAUGCCAGUAUCGGAUUAUAUAACGCCCGAGGCUUUUGAGAAGUAUCGACUUCUGGGCAUGGAAAUGGGAUUUCGAUAUGUGGCAUCUGGCCCCAUGGUUAGGUCCUCGUACAAGGCGGGCGAAUACUACAUCAAAUCCAUGAUAGAAUCUGAUCGAGCAGCAUCUUCUACAUAGCGCUGAACAUCUCUGAUGAUCGCUCUUGAACAAGCUCGCGGCUUAGCUUCAAGAUCUCGAUAAGUGUUACUGUUUUGGGCGGCUUCGGGCUCUGUUGUCAACUCCCUUUCAUCGCGGAAUCAGGUUAGAUGUCAGCUCGAGGUUUCGUUUUGUCAAAUGGAAUGAAGGCUGUUGUUAUUUGUAUUUGUAUAUCCAUUUUUCUUUUUCUUUUUAAUGUAAUUAGCACAUUUGCAAAACCCCAUGAGUUGGGCUUGCGAUGAUGAUGCAAGGAAACGACAUUGCAUGAAUAAUUGUUGUCGCAUUAACUUUACUCAAUGAUAUUCAUAUUCUUGGUUGAA